UGAGGCGGAUGAUGUCGAACAAGGAUCAACUCUCUUUCCUUUUGUAGGAAAACCACUAGGAAAGGGUGGCAAUUAUGUUCUUAGAGGUUUGGCUAAAUUCCAAGCACAUAGAUAUGUGUUGUUCAACUGCUUAGAUGUCAACCUAUUCCUUCGAGCUCACGCUGAUGAGCUCAAUAGCGAGCGUGAUGUCUCCUCAAACACAGUCGAGUCCAUCCAGCAUGUUAAGUUCAACGACUGGUUCAAAGCUCAUAUGAUUAAAUUGGAGAAAGAAAAUGGUAUUGGCAGUAUUAACAAUGAUGUUAGAUGGCUAGCACGUGGCCCGGUUGAUGCAGCAAAAAGGUAUCGUGCUUACAACUCAAGAGGAUAUCGGUUUCGGGCUAAACGCUUAGACAGGGUGAGUCAAAAUAGUGGAGUAAUGGUACGUGCCAAAACAUCUACAUAUGCUGCACCAGGUGAUGCGACCCCUGUUUUAGGCGAUGUGACUUACUAUGGCAGGAUAAUUGAUAUUAUUAAGUUGAACUACUCUGGACAAUUUUCGGUGGAUAUAUUUAAGUGUGAAUGGGUUGAUGUAUCUGUGAAAGGAAUUAAAAAGGACAAGUAUGGCUACACACUUGUUAACUUCUCACAUUUGAUGCACAAAGGAGACAAGAUUGAACAUGAGCCUUUUAUUUUGCCUAACCAAGCCGAACAAGUCUUUUACAUAGAGGACGAACUGAACCCAGGUUGGUCAGUGGUGAUGCAGAAUAACCUACCUAGAGAUAGAUGUGACAUUGGAAAUGAUGAAUGCACACGAGACGUAGACGCUGAGCCAUUCCAUGUUUCUCACCUUACGGAUAUGUUUAAAAAGAAAAGGAAAGAUCAACAUUGGGUAAGAUCUGAUAUUGAGGGAACAAUUGUGGAUGCUACUGAUAAUGCUUUGAUCAAUGAAGAAUAG